AUGGCGACGCUGCUAGACACGACGAUGGAGGCGCUGGAGCCGGAGGAGCACGCGGACAACAACCUGCGUGUACCGCAGAGUGCGGAGCCCGAGACUGACGCGCCCGAGGACGAGGACGACGAUGAAGACUUCCACUUUAACGCUCCGUCCUACUACGACCUGAAGAAUCCGGCGCUGGAGCGGCGCUACGUCAACAACGCGGACGGCUACUUCUCGUCGCCCGCGCCACCAGCCGCUAUGUUCAAGCGCUCUCCUUCCACUAUCGAUAAGAACGACGUAUCAACAGAGCCGCCAGUUCCUGUAACAAGAACGUUAAGUAAAAGUUACGAAGAUUCAGAUAAUAAUAAUAACGCGCUGGAGGAAGAUAAUGAUGAGGAGAUGGAGGAGAAGGCCAUGCUGGACACAACCAUGGCUGGACCAGAAGAGGAAGACGUGGAGACGGUGCUGAACAGGAGCAACUUGCUGGACGACAGGGAGGAGAGCUUCGAGGAAGUUUUCAGACACUACGCGUCGUCAUCUCAGUCUUCCGCCACGUCCUCGUAUCUACUCCAUGAGCUGGACACUUCUACACACAGUUCCACUCAUGGAGGUCACUUUUCUCCUCACAGUUCACAGACAUCUUCGUCAUCUGCGGCGUUAAAGGACAAUACGAAGAGCAGGGCCCGGGAUCCAGUCGUCUCGUCCAAGCUGAUGCAGCCCACGCAGUCGUACCUAAGACGACUGCAGGCGGAGCAGAGGAUGAGGGAGCAGAGCUACAUGGAGGACAUUCCCGUGGAGGAAAAGCCCCACCGUGUGACUCGGCCAAGAAGUCCAAAGCUACACACCAAGACGCGACCAACGAACCCGAACGAUGUGUCUCGGAUGAGCAGCACGAGUCGAGAGCUGCUGAAAAUUCAGGAAGAGCGACUGCAUUUGCAGCUAGAGAAACUCAAGAUUCGAGAGUUUCACGAGAAGACAAAAGUGCAGCGACCGCCGACCAACGUCCACCAGCGAUCGACAAAGCAGCUGACGAUCCCGCAGACUCCGCAUUUCGCGGUGGAGAAUCGGAUUCGACGUGCUCACAGUGGAAGCGAAGGGAGCGAUUCAGGACACGAUAAAGCUAGUCCACCCAUUGCUGCGGAGAAGCUGCUUACUCGUGAUUUUUCGCUCCCGUUGCCACCACAUCGAGAGACUCGACACAUGGUCACGACACCGCAUUCUCCGCAGCUCCAAACAGCCACCCGAGCAGCACAGCGUCCACCACCAGCGCCAGUGUCCCGUGAACAGGAGAAACCGGCAGUUCCGAGCUAUACGCGCUCAAAAUCUGGUGGCCUUACACAGCCUAUGACUCCACAACUACAAACGAGUCGACGUGCAGCAGCACAUCGCCCGAUCGAGAUUGUCGACCACGACGCGGAGGAGCUGGCGAAGAAGUUCCAUGCGAGGCCUUUGAAGAGGAGCAUCCUCGAGCCGAAAUCGCGUCCUCGCUACUCACCAGCCAAAUCGGACAGUAAAGCCCGUUUAACACAGCCGACAUCGCCCAAGCUGCCGACGAGUGCACGAUCAGUAACCCGUCCAAGUGCCUCAGAGCGUGCUGCGUCCGUAUCUGCUGAGAUAGACCGCCACCGCAAGGAGCGAGAACAGCGGCUGAAAGCGCGCCAAACAGGUCAGACCGCUCAGAAGUCUAUACCUCCUCCCAUCCGACGUCCUGUGAUCCCUGAAACCCCACCGCUUAAGAGCAUCCAGCGCCAUCGAGAGUAUCAGGAGAACUUCCGUCGGAAGCUCGAAGCCGAGAAGAAAGAAAGAGAGAAGCAGCACCAGUUCAGAGCGAACCCCAUGCGUGUGGCCGCAACACCUGCGAAGUUUGAGGGCUCCACCAAACCACUCACUGAAGUGAAGCCGUUCGAGUUGCCAGGAGAGCGGUAUCUUGAGCACGCCCGUGAGCGCUUGGAACAAAAGCGGCGAGAGGAAGAAGAGCGUUUGAAAUCGUCAGGAACGUUUCGGGCGAAGCCCAUGCCCGUGUUCGAGUCCGACAGUGUCCAAACUGUAGCCAGCACCAGACCUCUUACACAGACCGAGUCCCCCAUGCUGGCAACUAAAAGUCGAGCAGCAGAACGCGCUGCAUUCGAAGCAGCAGAGAAAGAGCGUCGCGAACGAGAAGAAGCUUUUCGGCAGCAACGAGAGCAACAAGAGCGACAACUAGAGGAAGAGGAAAUCAAGCGCUUGCGCCAGAAAGAGAUGAUUUUCCAUGCACGCCCUGUUCCAGAGAACAAACCUUUCCAGCUGAAGCACGAUACCAGACCGCUGACAGAGCCAAUUAGCCCGCUCCAGCACUCCUAG